AUUUAUUUUUGUGUAAAUUGGCGCAAUGUUUACAUUUCCAAAAUCGUGCUUUGCCCAACUGUGGAGGCUAAGAAUACCGACGCUAUUGCCUUACAAUCAUUAUGGACAGCGUGGGAAAGAUUUUUGCAUAGGUUCAUUCGUAAUGGGAGUAAAAGAAGAGUAGACAAAUUCUUCUACCAUUUCUCGAAGGCAAGAUCUGAUCAGAGACUAUUAAAGUCUUCCCUUCAUGUUGCAACUAUCGCUGACCAGGAGGACAUAGCACGCCUCCUCUGCGGACAGAUUGAUCUGGAAGAAUUUUUACGUGAGGACUAUGGCUUCAUUCUUCUUGAAGAGUGUAUAACUAAGAAAAUGUUCAGUAAGAGCUCUAAUUAUCAUUUCUUUUCUUUCUCUUUGCUUUAUAAUUGUUAUUUUACUUUUCUCUAACAAAACUUUUUGAGAUCAGAAACUGCAUUAUAUUUACUCCACCGUUUUCUGGAGUUGGCAACUAACGAACCCCCUCAGGGUUACAUGCCAAUCAUUUUAGCACUUGCUAAAACACUACCUCCCAGAGGAAGUCGACUUAAAUUUGUGAGAUUGUGGAUAUAUCGUUUCAUAGAAGUAGAUGAAGACUUAAUCAAACCAAGUGGUGCAGCUCAUGAUGCCUCAGGAGAACACUCGUGUUAUCAAUCUUGUCUUCAAUUCCUAAAGGCACUACUACGCAAGUCGGUUGCAGCUCUUUGCAAGAUCCUUGGUAAGCAGCCGCGUCUCCGCAAAAUUAACUCUUGAUUAGAGUUUGCUUGGUUUGGUAGACGUAGUUAUUACUCGGUCAAAUUUUAUUUCACUAUAUUGUAAAAUUUUUAAAAUUUUUAAUAAAUUCUAAAUAAAUAUUCAAUGCUUCU